AUUCUGUUUUAAUCCACAGACAUUAGGGCAAGAUAUAAUUUGUUUUUAUUCUUGGAGUAAUAACUAUAGUAGGUCGUACAUUUGAUAUAUUCAGAUGUUUGCUGAAGGUUGGUGAUCAUGUUCAUCUGAUUUUUUGAACAAUGUUCGGCAAUAAACGUGGAGGUGAAGGUGAUUGUAACAAAAGGGAAACUCGGGGGAAACGAGAAAAAUGUUCGUCCUCCAAAAGUUCCAACUCAGCUGCUUCUUCAAGCUCCUCUGAUUCAAGUUCUGAUACAAAAAACAUGACCCGAAGUAGACGACUGUCAGAUAAACCUGCAGACUCGGUCGGGGACACCGACAUCAACUCUGUGUUUUCAAUCGGACGUAUAACGCGUGGGCAAAUGAAUCGCUUGAAACAAAUAUCUUCAGAGAGUUUAAACUUCGAACUGAGCGGCUCUGUUCGGUUAAAAAACUCAAAGAAAUCUGUUGUUGCUGGAAGUUCUUCAGAUCAAACCAGGAAAUUUGUGAUGAAAAGAAAGCAUGAACUGGAUUCAGAGAAAUCACCUGAAAAGAAAGCGUGCAAGUCAAUACAUGGCAGAAGUAUCGUUGCAACACGAACCGCCAUCCUUCCACUUGCGUCACCCGUUCCACACAAAGCUGUUACAAGAACAACUUCAACACGGAGAACCAGACUUGUAUCAGAUGGGAGUAACAGUGAUGCUCCGCCUGUGGAAAGCAAUGGGAUGAUCACAGCACCAACCACGCCAACCAAAGUUAACCAAACACCACCUGGUAAUAAUGAAUGGUUGCAAAGGUUCCUGCAGUGGAAUGCCCGCGACAAGAUCCAAGUGUUGGAGAAUUUGAUCGGCGUGUGUCAACCACAUGAAGUUAGACAUAUGUUGGAAGUUAUUGAACCUCAGUUUCAACGAGAUUUUAUUUCACUUUUACCCAAGGAGCUUGCGCUCUAUGUCCUGAGCUUCCUCCAACCACAAGAUCUUCUAAUCGCCGCUCAAACUUGUAAAUUCUGGAGGAUUUUGUCUGAAGAUAAUUUAAUGUGGAGAGAGAAGUGUUUGGAGGAAGGGAUCAGCGAACCUUACAUGACGAAGAUUAUGAGGAAUAAUUGGAAAUCCAAACGCAGCGUUGGUUGUGGAAGUACGUGGAAAGCUUCGUUCUUACGCCAUGCAAGGAUUGAAGCGAACUGGAGAAGCGGGAACACUAAAACACCAAAGUUACUAAAGGGUCACGACGAUCACGUGAUAACUUGUCUUCAAUUUAACGGCUCACGAAUCGUGAGUGGAUCUGAUGACAAUACACUUAAAGUUUGGUCAGCUAUUUCUGGAAAGUGCCUUCGAACACUUACCGGCCACACAGGGGGGGUGUGGGCUUCACAGAUGAGGAAGAAUCUCAUUAUAAGCGGGUCAACCGAUCGAACGUUGAAAAUAUGGAAUGCAGAUACUGGUCUUUGUGUCCACACAUUAUAUGGUCAUACAUCAACUGUAAGAUGCUUAGCACUUCAUGAUAAUAUCGUUGUUAGUGGUUCACGUGACGCAACAUUGCGUGCUUGGAACAUUGACACGGGUGAAUGCACGCAUUGUCUUGUGGGUCACAUGGCAGCCGUUCGUUGCGUUUGUUACGACGGGGAACGAGUUGUAUCGGGGGCUUACGAUUACAUGGUGAAAGUCUGGGAUCCAGAGACGGAGGAAUGUCUGCAUACUUUACAAGGACACACUAAUCGUGUCUACUCACUUCAGUUCGACGGCCAUUAUGUUGUAAGUGGAAGCCUCGAUACUUCUAUCAAAGUUUGGGAGAUUGAGCGAGGAACUUGUUUACAUACGUUGAUGGGACAUCAGUCGUUAACAUCAGGGAUGGAACUACGGGAUAAUAUAUUAGUGUCGGGUAACGCUGAUUCAACCGUGAAAGUUUGGGAUAUUUUAACUGGGGAAUGCUUGAAGACUUUGGAAGGUUCAAAUAAACAUCACAGCGCGGUUACUUGCCUUCAAUUCUACGGGAAAUUUGUGAUUACGAGUUCUGAUGAUGGAACUGUUAAGUUAUGGGAUGUUAAAACUGGGAAGGUUGUUCGAGACUUAGUUACGUUAGAUUCUCGUGGUUCCGGUGGCGUGGUGUGGCGGAUACGAGCGUCGCAAACUAAACUUGUGUGUGCGGUGGGUAGCAGGAACGGGACUGAAGAAACCAAACUACUUGUGCUCGAUUUUGACUCAGAACCAAAAUAACGUUUCAACUUCAAACGUGACGUGUGAAAAUCAUCGCAUGUAGAACUCAAGCGUGUUAUUUCCAUGCUUUAAAACGCGUGUCAAUAUUAAGAUUUUUUUAUUUCUCAAUUUUUAUACCUCAUCACCCAUUCUUGCUGAUGCGUUUUAAAAAACGUCUUGAAAACUAUUCGUUUUAGCGUCUUGGACGAAUGUUCGGUUUAUUCCAUUUGUGCUUCCAACUGUACUAGAGUGCAUGGUAUCAUCAGCUUAUUCAUCGUUGCGAUAUGGUUUGUUUACCGUUGGCUUUGUGCAGUAAAUGUCAAAAAAAUUGCGA